CCAAAUUAAACCUGUCUCCUUUUCUCUCUCUAGCAGCCUCUGUUCUUUUUUUUUGUUCUCCUUGAAACUUUCUCUCUCUUUUCUCAUCUCUGCGAUUUUGAUAUUCUCUCCCGAUUGUUUCGCUUGAAUUACGCAUCAGAUUUCUCCGAUCAUCACCGAUCUACGUUCAUACUGAUCGGUUUGAGCAGGCAGAGUGAAAAAAUAAAUUAAAAAAACAGAAUCAGGAGGGAGAGAAUUGUGAAGAAAGAGAGAAAUCGCAUGAAUUUGUUUGGAAGCCUGAUCUUUUCAUCAUCGAUAUCGAGCCACUUUACGACUUGUCUUCUUAUCUUCAUCCUUCAUUUUUCUCCUCAGCUUCCUUCUAAUAGUAACAAUAAUAAUAAUAAUAGUAAUCGUAAUUCUAAUCGUUUGAUCAAUUGAAAAAAAAUCAUGGAGUCGAGGAAAAACUCUGAUCGUCAAAUCCGCAGAGCUAAUUGCUUUUCAGCUGGUGGGAGGAUGAAGACAAGGUCGCCUUCUGUGAUAGUUAUUGGAGGUGGUUUUGGUGGAAUCUCUGCUGCUCGUACUCUUCAAGAUGCUUCCUUUCAGGUUGUGGUACUAGAGUCCCGUGAUAGGAUUGGUGGAAGAGUUCACACUGAUUACUCAUUCGGUUUUCCUGUUGAUCUUGGUGCAUCAUGGCUACACGGAGUGUGCAAAGAGAAUCCUCUGGCACCAGUAAUUGGGAGGCUGGGACUGCCCUUGUAUCGUACUAGUGGUGACAAUUCGGUCUUGUAUGAUCAUGAUCUUGAGAGCUAUGCUUUGUUUGAUAUGGAUGGCAAACAAGUUCCUCAAGAGUUGGUAACAGAGGUUGGCAUAACUUUUGAGCAGAUUUUGGAAGAGAUCAAUAAAGUCAGGGAUGAGCAAGAGGCGGAUAUGUCAAUAUCUAAGGCUUUCUCAAUUGUGUUUUCAAGGAAACCAGAGUUGAGGUUAGAGGGGCUUGCACACAAUGUACUUCAGUGGUACUUGUGCCGCAUGGAAGGAUGGUUUGCUGCCGAUGCUGACACCAUCUCCGCAAAGUGUUGGGACCAGGAGGAGUUGCUUCCUGGUGGACAUGGUCUUAUGGUUAGAGGGUAUCGCCCUGUCAUCAAUACUUUGUCCAAAGGGAUUGAUAUUCGACUAGGCCAUAGGGUUACUAAGAUUGUAAGACGGUACAAUGGAGUGAAGGUAACGACAGAAAACGGUGAAACAUUUGUUGCAGACGCUGCAGUAAUCGCUGUUCCUCUCGGUGUCUUAAAAUCCGGAACCAUAACAUUCGAACCAAAGCUACCAGAGUGGAAACAAGAAGCCAUCAACGACCUCGGAGUAGGAAUCGAAAACAAGAUCAUACUCCACUUCGAAAAAGUCUUCUGGCCAAAAGUAGAGUUUCUCGGAGUAGUCGCAGAAACCUCCUACGGCUGCAGCUAUUUUCUAAACCUCCACAAGGCCACAGGACAUCCAGUUCUUGUCUACAUGCCGGCCGGUCAGCUCGCCAAAGACAUCGAGAAGAUGUCUGAUGAAGCAGCUGCGAAUUUCGCCGUCUUGCAGCUCCAGAGGAUACUUCCUGAUGCUCUCCCUCCGGUGCAGUAUCUAGUAUCGAGGUGGGGGUCUGAUGUGAACUCGUUGGGAUCUUAUAGCUAUGAUAUCGUGGGGAAGCCUCAUGAUUUGUAUGAGAGGCUAAGGGUUCCGGUGGAUAAUUUAUUCUUUGCUGGUGAAGCGACGAGCUCGAGUUUCCCGGGGUCGGUUCAUGGGGCGUAUUCAACUGGUUUGAUGGCUGGUGAGGAUUGUAGGAUGCGUGUGUUGGAGAGGUAUGGUGAGUUGGAUCUGUUUCAGCCUGUGAUGGGUGAAGAAGGACCUGCUUCUGUUCCUCUUCUUAUAUCUCGUCUCUAAAACUCAUUCAUCUUUUAUCAAACCAGUCUAUGCAAUCUGUUGUGCUAUAAAGAACCUGUAAGUGAUUUGGCUUGUCUUGUUGGGAAAACAAUAACUAUUAUAGUGUUGGAUCAUUAAAACUUUUGAAUGUGAACAUUAUGCCUUGUGAUAUAUUUAUAUCCCUAUUUAUAUAUGACAAUCACCUUUGAGGAUU